AUGGCUAAUGAUCCUCCCACGCGUGUUAUGUUAUGGACUACAGCCCGUACUCGUUCAACUGCUCUAGAGCUAUCGCUGGCCUCCGUCCGUUCAUUCGAGGUAUUUCAUGAGUUAUAUACUGUAGCGUACGUAUUUGGCGACGAUCGAGCAUAUAUACACCCUCCUGAACAUAUAGUCUCUGGAUACUCGUAUGCAGAUGUCAAAGGCAAGUUAGAGCAGGCAUAUCCUGGGAAAGAAAUAGUAUUUGCCAAAGAUUUUGCAGUGUGUUUAAAUGGCAACAUGGAAAAUUUGCCUAAUGGGUAUCUCCACACGUUUCUUGUGAGGGACCCUCGAACAAGCGUGCGAUCGCACUACGCGAUUAAUCGUAAAAUACUUGAAGAUAUUGAACGUUACGAUCAGAAAUUAUACGAAAAUUUACUCUCCGUAUCGCUGUCCACAUUCUCUGACGUCAAGCACCUGGUGGAUCUCUACAGACACGUUACUGAAUCUUUAGGGCAACAACCCGUCGUAAUUGACUCAGAUGAAUUAUUUCAGUCUCCACGAGAAGUGCUUGAAAGGUAUUGUCGUAUAACAGGCAUACCAUUCUCUGAAUCUAUGCUAAAUUGGACAGCUGGAAAUAUCGAUCACUGGCCUGAUGUCCUCAAGGACCCAGACAUGGCGGAGUCUUAUACUGCCGCCAUCGCUAGUUCUUCAUAUGUCAACAAAGCUUCUUCCUAUUCUGACAUCGAACUUUCCAAAGAAAUGCAAAGUCUUGUCGACUCUUGUGUUCCUAUGUACCAAGAGCUCAUAAAAUUUAAAAUAUAA